AUGGCAUUCUUUGUGUACUUCCUGGCUACGGUCCUGUACCUCUCCGCGCCGGUGUGGUCAGCCGUUAUCCGUGGUAGAGACAACGGUCCCGUUGUCACUGUAAAGAAUGGCUCUUACUCUGGCAUUCACAGCGCAGAGUACGGCCAGGACUUUUUUCUUGGAAUGCCAUACGCCAAGACUCCUGAACGAUUCCGCAUCGCGCAAGGCCUAGACUCAGCAUGGAACGGCACGCAUACAGCCACCGAGUACCCAAAGCAUUGCGUUGGUUAUGGCUCUGACAUGAUUGGCUAUGAGUCUUCGGAAGACUGCCUGUAUCUCAAUGUUGUUCGCCCAGCCGGUGUCGCUCCUGACGCACAGCUUCCCGUAGCUGUGUGGAUCCACGGAGGCGGUCUGUACAUGGGAGGAUCAGCCGACAGACGAUACAAUCUCUCCUUCAUAGUCGAGAAUAGUGUUAAGCAGGGUACUCCCCUCGUUGCGGUCAGCUUGAACUAUCGUCUAUCCGUCUUUGGCUUCCCCGGUGGCAAGGAGGCCCUUGAAGCUGGCGCGGCCAACUUGGGUUUCAGAGAUCAGCGCCUGGCUCUGCAUUGGGUCAACGAAAACAUUGCCAGCUUUGGCGGCGCCGCCGACAAGGUCGUCAUCUUUGGUGAAAGCUCGGGUGCUGAGAGUGUCGCUGGGCAAGUGCUGGCCUACAACGGACGCAAUGACGGCCUCUUCAGAGGCGCGGCUGCGCAGUCCGGCUUCGGAGGGCUCAUCCCCCGCAUGGUCGGCGGCUUCAACUCGACUGCCUAUCAGACCAACUACGACCUCUUUGUCGGCAACAUCUCCUCCUGUGCCUCCACUGUCGGCACUCAGGAGUCAAUAGAGUGCCUGCGCACAGCACCUCUGGACGAGUUCAAUGCCGUGCUGAACGCAACCACGUCACCCUUCAGCUUCGUACCUAUGAAGGAUGGCGACUUCCUUGCAGACUUUGCGACGUCGCAGCUCGAACGCGGAGACUUUGUAAAGGUCCCCAUUCUGAUCGGAUCCAACUCGGAUGAAGGCUCUGCAUUCGGCCAGGGAAGGGGCCCGAACGGAGGACCGAUCAACACUGAUGAUGACAUGGCAUUUGCCGUACGCAGCAUCAUGGCUCCCAAUGUCGCGGAGACCACGGGCCAAAGCAUCGAGGAGCUUGUUGAUGAGGCAUUGGCUCUAUACCCCGAUGACCAGGCCGUCGGCAUUCCGAGCUUGCAGACGUGGCCACACAUCAUUCAGCCCGGCGAGGAGAUUGCCGUAACUCGGGGUCUGCAGCAGAGACGCGGCGGGGCUUUCUUCGGAGACAUGUAUGUCCUGUUCUUCGGCUUCCUCCGCCGCAGAGCUAACAUCAUAUGGUCCCAGAACGGCGUGCCGUCUUACGCAUACCGCUUCGACGUUACCGUGAAUGGAGUUCCAGAGUACAUUGGCGCGACUCACUUCCAGGAGGUCGCAUUCGUAUUCAACAACCUCAACGGCCUUGGCUACGACGUAAACCCUUUUGGAGGCAACAGUACAAGCUACACUGAGAAGGCCACCGCGCUGUCAAAGACCAUGUCCGCAGCGUGGGUCAACUUUUUCGUUUCUCUUGAUCCCAAUGGCGCUCCGGAUCUGGGCGAGUGGCCUGCCUACUCGACGGAAGGCGGUGCAUCUGGUAGCGACGUGGUGUUUGGCCUCAACGGCACUGUGUUGGAGACGGACGACUGGCGGGCGGAAGGUAUGAGUUGGAUGAUUGAGCACGGGCUUGACAUCUUUGGGAAUUGA